AUGCGAUCGGAAGCCCAAUUGAAAUUUGAAAUUGAACUCUAUAAAAAAGGUGACGAGAUCAACAAAUUAACAGAAAAAUGUGAAGAUCAACAAAAAAUAAAAGCAGCUUUAGGUUGUCGUAUAGCUGAUUUGGAAGAAUUGGAAAAAUAUUAUAAAAAGCAAAUUGUACUUUUGCAAAAUCAAUUACAUAGAUCUAUGAAUACCACAAACAUCAACGACGUGAAUACAAAAGAAUUGAUUAAUUGUUUAAUGCAUGGAGUUAUGAAAUCAGAAAAAUUUCCUGCAUAUGUACGUGAAGUAGCAAUCAACAUGCACUAUCACAGUCCUCGUGCAUACGAAUUCUUGCGUAAAACUUUCAACAACAAUUUGCCGCAUACAUCAACUUUACGUAGGUGGUAUGCACAUUCUGACCUGAAUACAGGGCCAGGAAUCACUACCAAAACUUUGGAAUUUUUGAAGAAGAAAGGAUACGUCACGUAUGGAUGUGAUGACAAAGACGACCCAUUGAUUGCUAAAGAAGCCAUAGUAUUUGUUGUGAGCGGCCUCAAUGAAAAGUUUCGUAUUCCAGCAGCAUAUCACUUUGUGAAUUCAUUAGAUGCAAUUAAAAAAGCGGCGUUGGUGAAUCUUGUACUUGUAGCACUGACAGAAACAGGCGUUACGAUUGCUAGCCUUACAUUUGACGGUCAUCCAACAAACUAA